AUAUUAUGUUUAUGUUACAUAACAGACUGAUCACAGAUCAGUGAUCACUGUAUCACCUAUCAAACAAAUAACUGCAAUUAUAAAAUUUUACAAUCAAAGUUUGUAUGGUAUUAUAUAAACUAUCAACUAUACUUUAAGUUGGUGAGAAGUUUUCAAUAUGAAUAGUAUAAUUUUGAUCACUGGUAUCUUAAUAUCAGUGAAUAGUGGUUUAUCAUCUAAUAUAUUAGCCUUUUUACCAAGCAAAGCACGCAGUCACUAUGGAGCGUUUGAACCGUUACUGAAAGAGUUAGCGGUAAAAGGCCAUAAUGUGACAGUUUUAUCACCAUUCUCAAUGAAAAAUCCACCAUCAUCUUACCAUCAUAUUCAGGUUGAGGAUGAAGAUCUCGCAAUGAGUUUUAAUCCAUUCAGUGUAGCUAAACAUUUCAAACCAAUUUUAGUUCCGUUUAGGUCUUGGUUUAUGUGGCCAAAAUUUACAGAAACAAUAUUAAACAAACCAUCUGUUCAGAAAUUGAUUCAUUCGGAAGGACUUCAUUUUGAUUUAGUUCUAUUCGAAAACUUCUACCAUGAGUGUUUUGUAACUCUUGGUCAUAAAUUCAAUGCAUCUGUUGUACAGUUAUUUCCAUCGAUUCCGAAUGCUGGUGUUGCACAGUGGCAUCGUAAUCCGUAUGAUGGAUCAUAUAUUCCAGAUAUCAACACUGGAUUCUGUGACAAUAUGUCUUUCAUAGAACGUUUGACAAAUACUGUAUUGUCAUUUAUACAUAUAGCUUUGAGUUCAUUUUUCUACUUUCCAAAACAGAGGGACUUAAUGGAUAAAUAUUUCAACUAUACUGGUUGGGAAACACGGCCGUCAAUGGAAAGCAUGCUAAAAAAUAUUUCACUGACAUUGAUUAACACACACUUUUCUGUUGGAACACCGAGACCACUUGUUCCUUCAUACAUAGAUGUGGCUGGAAUGCACCUCAAACCUGCAUCUACACUCCCAGAAGAUCUCCUGGAUAUUAUGAAUAAUGCUCCUGAAGGAGUUGUGUUUUUCAGUUUUGGUUCUAUACUCAAACUAACACAAUUACCCAAAAAUGAAUUUGACAUUUUUAUUAGACAACUUGGUAAAAUCAAACAAAAAGUAUUAUUUAAAUGGGAAUCAGAUACUAAAAUAGACUUUCCGCCAAAUAUAAUCGUCAGAAAAUGGUUUCCACAAGCUGAUAUUCUAGGCCAUCCUAAUUGUGUACUAUUUAUUACUCACGGAGGCAUACAUAGUACGGAAGAAGCUAUAUACUUUGGAGUGCCAAUGUUGGCUAUAUCAGUGUUUGGGGAUCAGUUACAUAACUCAUUAGUAAUGCAGAACAGAGGUGCAGCAAUACGUAUAAAAUACAGUGAAUUUACUGAAAAUGAAUUUCAAAUAGCUUUAUAUAAGAUGUUGAAUGACAAAUCGUUUAAAACAAAAGCAGCAGAACUAUCACUGACUUUCCAUGAUCAACCAUUAAAAUCAUUAAAUAAAGCAAUUUACUGGAUUGAAUAUGUAAUACAUCACAAUGGGGCACAUCACUUAAAAACUGCUGCUGGUGAAUUGACUUGGUACGAAUUUUUACUAAUUGAUGGUUUGUUUUUGGUGGUCAUCAUGAGAAUAAUUAUAACUAUAAUAUUGUGGUAUGUUGGAAAAAAAUUGUGGAGAAGAUUUUGUUGUUUAAAAUCUAAACAAAUCUAAGAAAAGGUAUAUUGUUCAUAUUAAUUUGGAAACUUAACUAAACAAGAUUUCAUGACUAAUAUAUUUUAAUGAUUCUAGUUAUUCUUUAAUCAAAAUAUACUUAGUUAAAAUGAAUAUAUUUUAUUUUAAUUAUAUUUUAUUAUUAUCAAAUAAGUUUUAAUUGAAAAAAAUUAUAUACUUCUAUUUUAUAAUCUGUGAUGUAACAAGGUGCCAAAAUUAUUUUAUAUACAUUUAUAUUUUUUUAAAUCUAGUAUUGAAAAUAAACUUAAUGAUUGAUAGAACA